GCAGAAAACACAACCCUGCUGUCCAUGCACAUCAAUCGACGUCACUCUUUCUCAUAGAAAAACCACAACUCAUACCAAUCCAUCACCACUACAGUUUCUUUAAUUCAUCUCUUUCCAAUCUACUGCUUACCUCUCUGUUGCUGGCUCAAUCAUCACCAACGAUGCGCUAGCUUCCAGCUAAACACCAUCGCGCGCAUCACCAACCAAACACAUGCCACCAGCUGCGACUGCAGCAACUACACCACCAUCAUGUCACGCCAGGGCACUCUCCGCUUCAAACACAUCUUCCUCAUCCGCCUUGUCAACGCCCUCACGCUAUCUACCUUCUUUCAGCCCGAUGAAUACUUCCAGGCCCUCGAGCCCGCGUACCAAAUCGCCUUUGGCAAAGGCGCCAAUGUCUGGAUGACCUGGGUACAUUUCCACCCCUCUUCUAUAGACACACAUCAUACACUAACCAUACUCUCUCCUAGGAAUGGCAACACCAACUGCGAUCAUCACUACACCCAAUGCUCUUCGCCAUCCCCUACAUCAUCACCGACGCCCUGUGCUCCGCAGCUCGCAUCCCACUCUCCAUCCGCUCGCAUAUGCUCCUCGCCGCGCCGUACAUCUUACAAGCAUACAUUGCUGCCAUUGGCGACUGGUACACAUGGAAGCUUGCCGAGCGUGUCUACGGCACCGAUACACCCGCUUCGACAUUCACCAUCCUCCUCCAACUCACGAACCCAUGGCAAUUCUACAUAUCGCCGCGACCCUUCUCCAACUCUCUCGAAACAACCCUCACAGUGGCUGCCCUCGCUCACUGGCCAUGGCAAUGGCAUGCGCCCACCACGGUCAAAGAAAACACAAAGACGGCACCCAUCAACCUCACCAACCUACGCAUCGCGCUCCUCCUCGCCGCCACUGCCGUGCUUCUCCGCCCAACCAACAUCUUUAUCUGGCUCACCGUCAGUCUGUCCGUUAUAUCCACGCUCCGUUUCACCAAUAUUGCCGUCUUGGCGCGAGAGGCUCUCCUCUGCGGAUCCGUCGCCCUGGCUGUCUCCAUCCUCGCUGACAGAUACUACUUUGGCUUCUGGACCUUCCCGCCCUACAACUGGCUCUACUUUAACGUGAGCAAGUCGCUUGCUGUCUUUUACGGCCGCCACCCAUGGCACUACUAUCUCGUCCAGGGCAUCCCGCUGCUCUGCACAACGUCACUUCCAUUUGUCGUCCCAGCCUUGUACCGGCCGCGCUCGCCGUCGUCCGACUCGCCCUCCAAGACACUCAUCCUGCGCACCCUGGCGUCCACCGUCUUCGUCACCGUCGCCACGCUCUCGCUCAUUGCGCACAAGGAAGUCCGCUUUAUAUACCCGCUGCUGCCGAUCCUCUCGAUCCUCGGUGCCCCGCAUGCCGCAUCCUUCUUCACGGCCCGCGCAUCUAGCACGUCACAGUCUUCCCGUCCGCAGCGCGUACUUCGUCACAAGGCCCAUCUUGCUGCUGGUCUCACCAUUAACAUCUUCCUCGCGGGCUAUCUGUCCUAUUUCCACCAACGUGCGCCUCUUAAAGUCCUCAACUUUCUGCGCGACGACUACGAGCAGCGCCUUGUUACCUCGUCCCCUCCGGCAUCCGACGAGCUCUUUGCCCUGUUCCUCAUGCCAUGCCACUCUACGCCAUGGCGUUCACAUCUUAUCCAUCCUUCACUUAAUGCAUAUGCGCUCUCAUGCGACCCUCCGCUACACACGCAGCCCAAUACGCCUGAGCGCAUCAACUACAUGGACGAGGCGGACCGUUUCUACGCACAGCCAGAACAUUUUCUGUCUCAAGAAAUCUUCAACAGCACAGCAGCAGCGAGAAUACCGCGCUACAUUGUGGGCUUUGAAGGUAUCGAGCCCACUCUACACAGCUUCUUCACGUCCAAAGCAGGCUCUAAAUUCAAAAUCACACCGCGGCCCGCGUGGUCCAGCAACAAUGGGCUCUUUUCUGAAGACUGGCGCCGGGCUGGCAAAGUAAUCGUAUGGGCAACAGGACACUACGACAAACCCUCAUAAAAGUAUAACAUGGACAAUAUCGAUAGAAAUCAUAAUCAUAAUAAUAGAAGCAUUCAAAUAAGAAAAGAAAGAGUUUCUUUAUUCAAGUUAUCCACAAGUAUAAGUUGUGCAUGCGAAUCUCGACAAUACAACGGGUAUAAUACCAAAAAAAACAACACAGAGAAUGCUUCACCACCUGUUAAACAGCUAACCAACCAGUAAGCGAACCAAGUGUACACGUAGAGUCUGUACGUUAGCCAGCAACCGUGUAUGCAGCAGUAUACUGCAUCUUGGGGAACAGAAAGAAGAGAGGCAUGAAUCAAGGAGUAUAAACAAAAAAAGGAAUUGAGAAUAAUAACAAAACGACCAAAAACAACAUAUCCACAAAUAAAAAGAGUUCUCCAUCUACCCUUCCUAAAAAAAAACCAAUCAUCCAUCUCAUCUCGUUGAUUAAAUAAAAAAAAAACCCCAGCAUAAAAAGACAAAACCAGACCAUCGUCCACGUGCAAAAUCGAUGCAGGGCGUUUUGUGAAACAAAAUAGACAAAAGAGGUAUCCGCCAUUAAAAAACAAAAGAUGAAAACAGUAAAAAUAUCCCACGGGGGCGCUAUCAACAUGCCAGCCAGCCUCGCCCCGUCUGCCAGCUCCUUCUCGUUACGUCACAUCCCAAUCGCAUCGCUUUUCUGUGUACAUGUUUUUAGGCGCUGGUAGCAGCUUCAGUCGUUGUUGUUUCUGUGGCCGCUGGUGUUGCGUCGGUGGUAGGUGCAGCGAUAACAGCGGGAGCUUCUACGACUGCUUUCUCGUCGGUAGUAGAGGCAGCUUCUGUCGUCUCGGUGGCCUUUUCUACAGGAGCAACAGGCUCUGCGGCGGGUGCAACAACAGCUGGUGCGGCAAUCGGUUCCGUGGGCUUGACUUCAGGCGCGGCUGUGACUGGGACGGCAACGGGUGUUUCGGUGGUCUCGGUAGGCUUGACUUCGGGGACAGGUGCAACUGCAGCCUUGGCGUCUGCAGCAGCUACCUCUGGGGCGACACCACUAGCAGCGGCAGCAACAGGCACGGGUUCAUCGCGCUUAAUAUCGAUGCUCUUACCACGGCCAAAAAGUGAGGCGCCGUUUUCGCCAUGCGGUGACUUGGAGCGCUUGUUGUCAGAGUUCUCCUUGGCGUCACGGAUCUUGUUCUUGAUCCAGCUGAUGGGGCCCUUGUCACCUUUGCCAGUCUCCGAUUCGUCGACUUCAGCAAUGGCGCGUUCUGAGCCAUCGGCCUGAUAGCUCUUGCGAGGCUUGUGUGUUGAGCUUGCAAAGGAUGUCGUGCUGGCAUCAGCGUUCUCGUUGGUGCCAAUGUGGCCGCUGUGGUCCUCGCGCUUCGUGGACCGCGACAGACGCCACAGCUUCUUCUUUUCUUUCGUAGCGGUCGGGGUGGCGCUAGCAUCCUCUACGUCAGAUGUUAUGGGGAGUUCGGCUUCAGGAGCUACAGCCAGCUUCUGUUCAUGCUGAAUGGUCGCCGGUUCGGUUGUUGCUGCUGCUUCAGUUGCCGCUGCGGGCUCGUCAGACUUAGCGACUAUCGGCAGCGCAGACUCGAGAGGGUUUGGCGCCUCAACACUGGGAGAAGCGGCGUUAUGGUGCGGCAGAGACGCAGUCGAACUGUGGGCGCUGUCGUUCAAUGUUCCACCGAGGUUCUUCUUACGUAGUUUGUUGGGUUGGCGCUUCUCGGGGUUACUUGAGUCGGAUCGGUUGAAGAUGCCAGAAACAACGCGGUCCUUGGGCGGCACAUCUUUCUCAGGAGGCGGAAGAGGCACAGCACUUGGUGAGCUUUCCAAGUUCUCGUGCACCUUGCUUACCGUCUCCUCAGCAUUUGCCUCUACGUCUUUGGCUUCUUCUACAGUCGGCACCGAAGGCUCGGCGCGAACUGGGGUAAGAGGCUCUGGGAGGGGAGAUGCUUGUCCAUCCAACUUCUUCAGCUUACCACCUGCGAUAGCAGGGGACUUUUUCGAAGGCAACGUGUUGCUACGGGCGAGACCACUGGUUGGCGUCGAAACGAUACCGGGGCUGUUGGGCGUGGCCGCACCAUCUUGUCUCGAGUGCUUAGACGACACAGACUGGUUGCGUCGCAACUGGCCCUCUUUCCGUACACUAUCGGCGCCAGCGCUGGCGUUGGAGGCAGAACGGUUCACGCCGCUCGAUCGUUUCUCGGGGGUGCUUGGUAGCUUAGGUGUACCAGAUUGGACCUCCUUCACAGUGUUCUCGUCGGCAGCGGUUCCUUGCAUGCCAAUAAGGAAAUGAUCCUGGUUUUCGAUGAGGAAGAUGAUGACGCAUUGGUUUAGACGGUACUCCUCGGGGGCCAUGGCGUGAUUCGGGUGAGAGAGCAUGCCGGGCUGGAAAAUGGCGGCCAAGUUCUGUGAUGUCAUGCGGUUCUCAUCCGACUUGGCCGCAAACACGGCAAGAAGAUCGAGAAUGUACAGAAGGAGCUGUCUGUUCAGUGGGGGAAGCUCCGUAAUGAGUGUCUGGUAUUUUUCAAUGGCGCCUUUUUCGUCAAAGUCUUCAACAAACUGAGGGCCCUCGCCAUCAGCGCCGCCUUGCUUGGUAGCCCCGCGAAGAGGGUCGCGGAACCUCUCGUACAAGUCGAGCGGCACAACAGGCUCGGGCAGAUCGUUAAGGUAUCGUCGCAGGACGGUAGCCGCAUCGUGGACUGUGUAUCCAUCCCACACGAGACCCUUGCCGUAACGGCUGGGCGAAUCGAAUGUGGUCUUGAGCUCCUUGAUGCGCUUCUCGGAGCCGCUCAAUCGGAAGAUGCCUUCUACGCCAGUGGCUAU